AUGCCGGAGCUUUCUUUUGCCCGGUCUCGACCUGACGAGCUGAGCCUUCGACUGGGCGGCUUCGGCUGUGGCCGUUUCCAGGCCUGUCCUGUCUCAGAGUGGCUGCGAAUCCGUUGGGUCCCAACCCCGGGUGGCCGCGGAGCACCCGGCUGCCCGCUGUCCCGGCCCUGGUGUGCUUUUGCUGGUGACAGGAGCAGCCAGGCCGCAGCCAGCGCGGGCUUCAGGAAGCAGGCUCCGCCUAGCCGGGACCCCAGGUCCGACAAGGAGCGCGGCGGGGAAGCCAAGGGGCCCGAGGACGGUGGCACGGGCAGCGCUGGCUGCGGCGGAGCAGAGGACCCAGCCAAGAAGAAGAAACAGCGGCGGCAACGCACUCACUUCACAAGCCAGCAGUUGCAAGAGCUGGAGGCCACGUUCCAAAGGAACCGCUACCCGGACAUGAGCAUGAGAGAGGAGAUUGCGGUGUGGACCAACCUCACUGAGCCGCGAGUGCGGGUCUGGUUCAAGAACCGGCGAGCCAAGUGGCGCAAACGGGAGCGGAACCAGCAGUUGGACCUGUGCAAGGGCGGCUACGUGCCGCAGUUCAGCGGCCUGGUGCAGCCCUACGAGGACGUGUACGCCGCCGGCUACUCCUACAACAACUGGGCCGCCAAGAGCUUGGCCCCGGCGCCGCUGUCCACCAAGAGCUUCACCUUCUUCAACUCCAUGAGUCAAGAACGAGAGUUGCUCUCGAGUGUGCAGUGUGGCCCGGCCGGCCGAGCGCUUGCCGCGCUCAUCGCUGUUGGGGAUGACCUCGUCUGCCGGGGAUCCGGCCUUCGCGCUGGAUUAGCCAAGGCCCCCGGGUGCCCGGAAGAGCCCAGCAGCCCUGCGCUGGGGGACCGCUAG